UCGAGAGUGCGUUCCACGGCAGCGACGCGGGCACAACACAUCAUCGACAUCGGCGCUCCCGGGCGUCGCUUUGCACGCUGUAUGCUUUGCGACGCCACGCGCUACGCAACUCCUGAAAUCGACGGUGCGAAUUUUACCAACGAACGCAGCGAACAUGUUUCGAUUAUUACGUGUAACAACGGCUUAACUUGCGCAAAACACACAACAAUUAAAACUUAAAAAUAAAGCCGCAGUUACGGUUUUGAUAAUACCUCAGUAUCGUGCGAGCGUCGUUGAAAUUAACCAGUGAAAUGAAAAGUUAAGUUUAUUUGAAUUCGAAGAAGCAAAUAUAUUCGCAUUGGAAACCACGGAUAUUUUGUGGAUAACUCCAAUGGCGCAGUUACCAGAGUCGCUCAACAUGGAGCGUCGUAGUCUCACCUUCUCCAAGAAGCACCAACUGACCAUAUCCAAGAAUCUCGCCUUUCUGAUCCUCUUCGCAUUCAUUGUCUGCAUUGUGGUGACAGCCCUCAUAGCGCAUUAUGUUACUCUGCAAGCAGAUGAGACAAGAUGCAAAUUGCAACUGGACCAACAAGGUACCCAUGCGCCCCAUGAUGGAAUCACCACGCCAUCAACUAACGAUUCCACCACCAUUGACCACAUCGACGACACUAACACAACCCAUGAUGUCGAGACCACCACUGCAGACACGAGCAUCGAUGAUAACAAUGUUACAGGUGCGAAGUACCUUCGACUGCCCAGAUCUGUACUGCCCAUCGACUACGACAUGCGGAUCCUGACAGUCAUGAGCAAUUUAACGUUCUACGGUUCGAGUGUGAUUUUUGUUAACGUAACAAUGGCGACGGAUAAUGUUACGAUGCACGCGGAGGGUUUGAAUAUCACUUGUGAGGAUGUGCGGGUUGUCGAAGCUGUUGAAGGUCAAACAGUUCAAGUGGUAAGCUGUAGUACAGAGAAAGAGCAGGAGUUUUAUGUUCUUCACUUUGAUCAACCGAUUGAGGAAGGUCUAUAUAAUAUUACGAUGAACUUUGGUGGUAAACUCCGAGAUGAUUUGAGCGGGUAUUAUGCUAGUAAUUAUAAAAAUGGCAACGAGACAAGGUGGAUUGCUGCAACACAAUUUGAACCAACAGAAGCCCGACGUGCAUUUCCUUGUUUCGAUGAACCAGCGAUGAAGGCAACCUUUAGAAUCACAAUUGGAAGACCCAACAACCUCACAUCCAUCUCAAACAUGCCUUUGAUGAGCUCUACCACAUCUGAACUGCAAGAUUAUACCUGGGAUGAGUUCCAACGUAGUGUUCCAAUGUCUACUUACUUAGUGGCCUACAUCGUUAGCGAUUUUAAACCCAGAACCAUUGGAAACUUCUCUUUGUAUGCCCGAGAUUCUGCGUAUAGUCAGACAAAAACCGCGGCUGAUUUAGGCCCAAAAUUACUUAAACAUCUGGAAGAAUUCUUUGAUGUGCCUUUCCCACUUCCCAAAAUGGACCUGGCAGCCAUCCCGGAUUUUUCAGCGGGUGCCAUGGAAAACUGGGGCUUGAUCACGUUCAGAGAAUCGAAUUUAUUAUACGAGGAAGGUGUUUCGACUAAGAAGAACCUUCAAAGGAUUGCGAUUGUAAUCGCGCAUGAAUUGGGACAUCAGUGGUUUGGUAACCUUGUAACACCUUCAUGGUGGACUGAUUUGUGGUUGAAUGAAGGAUUUGCUUCAUAUUUAGAAUACACCGCUACUGAUGCUAUAUUCCCAGAAUGGAAGAUGAUGGAUCAGUUUAUAGUAGAUGACCUUCAAAUGGUCUUCAAUCUGGAUGCGCUGAAAUCAUCACAUCCUAUUUCCAUAGAAGUGCAUAAUCCCAAUGAGAUUAGUGAUAUCUUUGAUAGGAUAUCAUACGCUAAAGGUGCGACCAUUAUCAGAAUGAUGGAAGAUUUUCUUACAACAUCGAGUUUUCGACAAGGUCUUACUAAUUACCUCAAUGAGAAAAAGUACAGCAAUGCAGAACAGAAUGACCUCUGGUUAUCAUUAACAACCCAAGCACACAAAGAUAAUAUAUUCGGUCCGGAGAUAACAGUUAAGGACGUAAUGGAUACCUGGACACUCCAAAUGGGUUUCCCUGUGAUUACCGUCAACCGAACUGAUAAACAAAUAUCACUAACCCAAGAUAAAUUUGAACUCAAUCGUAAUAAUAUAUCUACGAAUUAUUCCUGGUGGGUACCUUUGACCUACCAGACCAAGUCCGGUCUUAAAGGUCGUAGCUGGUUGUCAAAGGAUAGCAAAACCCUUACAUUGGAAGACAUAAAUAUCACUCCAUCAGAGUGGUUCCUAGUAAACCUCAAUCAAACCGGAUAUUACCGCGUAAACUAUGAUGAUCUCGGAUGGUCACUCCUCGAGACCCAGCUGAAGGAAGAUCAUACCAAACUGGAUCCCAAAAAUCGAGCGCAGAUUAUGAAUGAUGUCUUGAGUUUAUCCAGUGCUGGAUAUGUCGACUAUUCUGUUGCGUUGAAUAUUUCAACUUAUCUGCAAUCAGAGGAGGAAUAUAUUCCAUGGACGGCGACCCUUACCAAAAUGAAUUUCCUCUUCGAGAUGUUCCAGAGGAGUGGGCACUUUGAUAAGUUCAAAGUGUACUUUACCAAUCUAAUACAACCAUUGUACAAGAAACUUGGCUUUGUUGAUGUAAAAUCUGAUCCGAUUUUGAAAACUUAUCUCAGAGAAGUGAUCCUGAAAAAGGCCUGUCAGUUAGGUUUAUCAGAGUGCAUAGAGUGGGCACAUACAGAGUUCAGGAAUUGGAUGUUGUCACCGAAUCCUGAUAAUCUGAAUUCGAUAUCACCGAAUCUCAAAAGUAUUGUCUAUUGUACGGCGCUAGAAACUGGUGGUGAACAGAUGUGGAAUUUUGCAUGGCAGAGAUUCAUCAACGCAAAUGUAGGCACGGAAAGAGAACUUCUCAUGCAGGCGCUUGGUUGUACAAAAGAAAUGUGGUUACUGAACAAGUACAUGACAAUGGCGAUAACUCCAGAUUCAGAAAUAAAGAAACAAGACGCCAUCUUGGUGUUCCGAGCGAUCGGGAGUAGAAUUGUGGGACAAACAGCCGGAAUGCGAUUCGUUAUCAGCAAAUGGUCGGAAAUUAAUACUUAUAUGGGGAAAUCAGUACUGGCGAUGAACAGUAUCCUGUCAUCGGUAACCUCGAACUUAAAUACAGAAAAAGAGCUUGAAGAAGUGCAGAUGUUUAGCAAACGCUACGAGAAUGAUGUUACUUUUAGUCAACGUAAUGCCAAGCAAGUCAUCGAGCAAACGCAGGCGAACAUCGAUUGGAUGAACAAGUAUUUCCACACGAUUGUUGAAUGGCUGACCAACUACGAGAUCCAAUUGUCCAACUCCAACUCAAGUCAGAGAUAAAACGGCACUUAACUUAUUUUUAUUUUAUAGCUUUUUGCAUUUGCAAGCAUUUAUGUAUGAGAAACGUAAUUUAAAUUGAAAUUUCGAGUCCGAGUCAAGCGCUGAAUGAUAUGAUAAGUACCUACAUGUAUACAAUACAACACUUUCAAAUACUUAAAAUAUAUAAUAAGUAUAAUUAAUAAUGUUAUUAAUUGCUUUAGAUACCUUAUAUAUAAAUAAAAGUAAGAAUGUUUGUCUAGAUCAUACCAACACUCUAAAUUUGAUUAAACAUUUAAAAAAUUGUUGUUUCCACAAAUAUUAGACCGGUUUUUCUUAGAGUAACCAUUUUUUGUAUGAAAUAAAAUCAAAUGUAAUAAAAAACGAAUGUCCGUUAUAUAACCUUAAAUUUUCAAACAGUCACGUUGAGCAAUUUGUUCAAACAACUUGAAAAAUACGAUAUAUCAACGCAAAGAUGUAUGCAAGUACCGACUACGCUAAAAAGGUUGAAUCCGGCAUUCAAAAAACUGAGGCUGAAUUAGCAAAAUAUAAGAAUAUGAAAUGUGGAGAAUCAUAUAAUUUGAACACCAUUAAACUGUCUGAUAAGUACCAGAAAUUUAUUGAUGAAAGACCAAACAUAAAUGCUCUUUUAGCAGAAAUUGAAAAUACAACAAAACGAAUGAGAGAAAAAGUAGAGCAUCAACAAAAGCAUCAAAAAUUCAUAGCACAAGUGUGCACAUUAUCUAAAAAUCAUAUUAAUCAUAACUGUAAUCCGAGUAAUUAAUUGUAUAGUGUUAAGAAUAAUAUAUAACAGUGUUUCUGCAGAAUCUAA